GUCGUCGGCGACCUCCACGGCUCGCUCGGCGACCUCGUGACGGCGUGCGGCCUCGCGGGCGAGCCAGGGCCGUCGACGCGCGUCGUCUUCAACGGCGACUUCGUGGACCGGGGCCGCGACGGCGUCGAGGUGCUGGGCGUCGUGCUCGCGCUCCACCUCACGUUCCCCGAAUUUGUAAAAGUGAACCGCGGCAACCACGAGGACACGGCGCUGUCGUCCGCCUACGACUUCGAGGGCGAGCUCACGCGCAAGUACGGC